ACAGCGUCGCCGCCGCGCUGUCCCUCCCGCGUUGUGACAUUCUUGCUCAGCCCCUCCCUUGCCCCCCACAGCCACCUCCUGUCCCUACGCUGACACCUUUUUUGAGUCUUUGGCGUUUUGCAGACUGAUGGAAUCCCCCAGCAACUCUCCGAAGUCGACUCCCUUAAAACAUCUACCCUAUUUUUCUUCGUUCUCCCUUUAAUAGCAAAGCGAGGUCGACCCUAUUUGUUUCGCAGCCACCACAGCGGUGUCCAGAACAGGAGAGAUGCUAGCGAAAUGGAUUUUGCAUUGGAAGACAUGGAUCUUGCUGCCAAUGAGAUCAGCAUUUAUGACAAACUUUCAGAGACUGUUGAUUUUGUGAGACAGACAGGCCAUCAAUGUGGCAUGUCAGAAAAGGCAAUUGAAAAAUUUAUCAGACAGCUAUUGGAAAAGAAUGAACCUCAAAGAACGCCACCCCAGUACCCUCUCCUUAUAGCUAUGUAUAAGGUCAUCGGAACCCUGGGAUUAAUCUUGCUCACUGCCUACUUUAUGAUUCAACUUUUCAGCCCAUUGCCACCAGAACCGGUGCUUUCUGGAGCUCACACCUGGCGCUCACUCAUCCGUCAUAUCCGGCUAAUGUCCUUGCCCAUUACCAAGAAGUAUAUGUUAGAGAAUAACGGAGUUCCUCUGCAUGGUCACAGUGAAGACAGGUCCUUUCCAGAGGAAGACCCCUGGUGGACAAAUAGCGGUGAGCAGAACGACUCGGACCCCAUUCCUGACCCCGUUCCCGACAGCUGCACUGGCUGCAUCCUGAAAGCACCGGUGCAGAUAGUGCCCCUGGCAGAUGCCCCAAAGACGUUCGAGAGACUCCAUCCUCUGUUGAUCAAGACCAAAAGGCCGCUGUUGUCUGAGGAGCUUCAGCAUUUUUUGUGCCAGUACCCUGAGGUGACAGAAGGCUUCACAGAAGGGAUUUUUGCCAAGUGGUGGCGCUGCUUUCCUCAGAGGUGGUUCCCUUUUACUUAUCCCUGGACAAGAUCUCUGAACAGAUCACACAUUUUACGUGAGCUUUUUCCUGCUUUUACCUACCUACCAUUUCCAAAAGAUGCCUCCUUGAAAAAUUGCUUCUUUUUUGAAGGAGAACAUAUUGAGAGGAAUCAGGCACAUAAGAUGCACGACCUCUUUACCAUUGGCAGUGGCGAAGCCUUGCUGCACCUCAUCCCCCCCUUCCAGUGCCGAACGCACUGCAGCAUGUUGGUGAUGCCGAUAGGGCCGGGGGACAUCGAUGAGGAGACUAAGACACAGAGAGGAGAGGUGACCAUUCCAAGGCCCCACCUUCUGUUAAGCAAAGCUUCAAGUCUCUUAAGUGUCUCAUUUAACAGAAUCAAGCCAGGGGAGGCUAUGCUGACCCCGACCACUGGAAUAUCUACAUUCUGGUCCGAGGGCUCCAGCCGUUGGUCGUCUGCGAUGCAACCACCCUCUCAGAGGAGUAGGAAACAGGACUGCGUAGAGGAACAGCUUGGAGCGCUGAAGACCAGAAUGAAAGGACGAAAUAAAAACGAUGACACCACUCUUAGGGGUUGGUUACUCAGUCCCCUGCCCUGUGCAUGCGUACGUGAGCCCCUGUGUGCCGCUGUGUGCCGGAGCCGAGGGCCAGAGCCUGGCCCUCCGGGGGCUUGGCCAGCACUUUGCCAGUCCCCGUCUGUGAGAUACUGGGCUCCUCCAGCUCUUUCUGCCUCGUAGCCUUGAGGCUGCCCUUCAGGGAGGGAGCAGGGUGGUGCCUUCCCUCACUGCCCUCUGCUGGUCCCCUGGUCACAGAGAAGGCAGCCAAACCAGCCCCAACUUCAGAGCCAUCCUUCAGCAGAUGGGCCUGCGUGUCCCAUCUUCCUGGCCACACCGCCCUGCACUUUUUUAGGAAAGCUAUGGCUGCGGAUUAAGGAAGCCAUUGCCAUUUCCCAAACACAAUGGGAUCUAGAACCACUGACACAAAGAUCAGAUAACCUCAAAUUGCACUCAAGAAGUGAAUUUCUUUCCCAGCAUCCAUGGCUCUCGAAGUCUCAGCGACGCCAGGCUGGGGUCUGAUUAUAACUGAAAUGGUUACUCCUAAAGAAAUACUUUGCUCCGUUUUCACUUUUGGUUCUUUUGCCUCCCCCACCCAACCCUCGCCAGUCUCAGCUCCUUCUCAUCUUCCUUGGCUGUCUGGCUGGUUUCUUGCACUUAGGCUCCUGGUCCCCGUCCCUUGGCUGGGCCAGGGCCCUUUCCUGCCGAGGCAGUGUCAUUCUGUCAACUGUGUUGCUUUUACCAAGUGUCUUGAGGGGGAUGAGUUACAUGCUGGCCUGGGAGAGGGCGCCUCCCUGGUUUGAUCUGUAGGGUCUGACUCUGUGCGGGGAAGAUGUUUUACAGAUGUGUCAAGCUGAUGUUGUAAUGUGAUUGGGGAAGGAACUCCAGACCCCAGUGUUUGCCAGCUGGGCGUGCGUCCAUGUGAUCCUCUGUCUUUAAAUGAUCUCUCUCUUUGUACGGGAAACAAGGUGAGGUUUAUAUUUUUUGUAACAAUAUAAAGCUGUAUUCUUUUGAUUGGGUAAUUGACUCUGCUCAUUGUUUCCCUUAAGUGCUUUUAGUAUGUUAAUCAAAUAGUGUAAAUUAGGAUGCUCUUUUCUUGUUUUCUUUUGUCCUUUAUUGAUACUGCUAGGUAUCUGGCCUCUGGUCAUGCCAUCACCAAGAUGAAGAAAAUACAAAGUACACUGUGGCCCCGACUCCUGAAUGACAGAAAUGGAAUUGGGAGACGUCUAGUUCAGAGUUAUGAACCAGGGGUGGACAGUGGGGAGGGGAGCGGGUGUCACUCCGUGCAGGGUCCUCUUCAUCUUGGGAGCACCCCUGCCCCUGUCCCCGGGCUCUGUCUCUCUUCGCAUCUCCUGGGCAGCAGUGGGGCUCGCCGGCCACUCCAGCUGUCCGCUUAUGGGCUUGUAAAGGACAAGCAGGGGUCACAGAGCUCAGGGUGGAAACACUCAGAGCCUCCUCUGCAGGCUUGAAUGAAACUAGGAUGAACUGUACCUGAGGGAAUUAUUCCGUAAAAAAAUCAGCGCCUUGUGUUGAUUAAUGCAGCAAAAAUUCGAACAUAUGCGAGUCACGCUGGCUAAGCAGUUGUGGUUUAAGACAUUUUAAAUCAGAGGGAGCACUUAGAGGCCAGCGCUGUGCAGACUCAGGAAUCUGCCACGUCCUCUCCCUGCUGCACACUAGGAGGGAGGAUGCUAUGUAAACAAGUUCCUUUUCAAAAAAUCGUAUUUAUUUGUCUCUAGAGAGAGGGAAAGGGAGGGAGAAAGAAAGGGAGAAAAACAUCAGUAUGCGACAGAAACAUGGAGAGGUUGCCUCUCGCAUGAACCCUGACUGGGGACCAGGCCCACGGCCCACGCAUGUGCCCUGAUUGGGAAUCGAACCGGCAACCCUUUGCGGGACAGCACCCAGCCAUCUGAGCCACACCAGUCAGGGCUGUAAACAAGUUCUUCAGAGGCCACUCAGUUUUCCUAAAUUAGGCUUUUCGGGUUAAGAAAAGAGAGGCUUCCUUAGGAGCAAAGCAACGGUUUUAAUGAUUGAGAUUUCAAUUUCAUUUUUAUGAAUUAUCCUGUGUCCCUUCCCCAUUUUACUCCUGUUCUUCACACCUUAAAUGUUCAUAAAAUAUCAACUUCAGUUCAAACUUUGAAAAAUAAGAAACCCUCGCAUGGGUUGCUGUUCCCAGACGUCCCCUGGGAAGUCCCCUGAGCCCGUCAACAGAGAGUGGUAUGGCUGCUGCUAAGAGACUUGUGCAUAUGCUAUUCAUUUUAUUAACAUCUGUCCAGUUCAGAAUUGAACGUAGGGUUAUAUUCAGAGAGAAAUUCUCCAGAGAGGGCUUCCUGCUCUUCAUUACUGAAUGCAGAGAAACCAUUUGCCUUCUUCACACGCUGACUUGGGCCGGCCCAGUCUGCCAGCGCCGGUCCCACAGGAACGGCUCGGGGGUGCCUCGCCAGCCCCUUCCUGGGUACCCGAGGCUUUGUGGGAGCCACUGCUUGGCUUUCCGUGCUCACCUCGCUCUCAUCUCCUUCAGGGAAGAGCAGAAGGCCCUCCGCAUGACCCGGUGUGGGAAAGAAGGUCAGCUAAUGAGGAAGCAGGGUCGGGGGAUGGUGGGACGGCCUCACCAGCUCCCGCUUCCACCACUGCACCAAGGACAGAACUGCGGGGCUCUAGGAAGAGGGGCUUGCUCAUGAGCUCAUGAGUUUGUUGAGUGUUUACUGAGAAGUGACUAACUUCCACACACGGGUUAGGUUCACUUUCUUAUAGGUCCCCAGAGCACACAUACUCAUAGCCCCAGAAACCAGCUGUCUGGGGAGAAAGGCUGCUUUGACACCAUGUGAAGCAUUAUGUCCCCGUGGCAGAGGCCUCAGGAUGAAAUAUUAGACAGGACACCUGUUCUGGCUCAUGGAAAAAGGCGGGGCUUAUCCUUUCCCCAGUGUGUUGUUUUUUUUUUUGUUUUUUUUUUAGGGAAGAGAGAAACUAAUUUAAUAAUGGUUUAUAAAAACAAAGUCUAUCUAUUUAGUAACAUAUAAAACCAUCUAAAUAGGCUGAGUCUGCUUUUUUUUUUUAAAGAGAAAGGAAUAAUAACAUUGUGUAGUCCGUGGUCUUUUUUCAUCUUACUUAGUCCUAUAUAGUAGGUAUUAGAUGCCCAUUUUAGAAAUAAAGAAACCAGGGCUUAGUUAAGUGCUGGCGCAGAGGUUGUUGGUUUCUCGGAAUAUUAUUUUACUGCCUCAGCACCGUGUGGUGCCCGGAACGAAGACAUGUGCUCAGCCCGUGAGCCCUCAUCGAGGUAGGAGGACCUAGGGUAGGGUCAGCAAGCCAGGAACGCCUCAAGAUUUGUUUUGGUUUUAAAACUGUCUCGUACAGAAAUGGAGGAGGAGAGAAUCUAACCAGAUGACUUUAAUAAAAAGUCUUUCACUUUUCCCCUCCCUGUUGGAAAACUCUCUUAAGAGUGUGUGUGGCUGGAACACGAUUGUGUCCAGCCAUUUUCCCAACACUCCACGUCUCCAGAUGUGUGACCAGAAAAGGGACUCCGCCCAUUUCCAGUUGUGGGUCCUCUUGGAGUUUACAUCACUUGUUUUUCACAUCUCAAUUUUCUGUUCCUUUCUUCCAAAAUUCAGCAUAGGCCUCAGUGCAAGAACAGUUAUUUUAACAAAAUCUCAAGUUCCUUAGCUGCAAAUGAUGGCCUCGGCCAUUCUAAUAUGAGGCUUCCAUAGUGAACAUUAAAAACCAAGAGCAGCCCUGGCUGGUAUGGCUCUGUGGAUUGAGUGCUGGCCUGAGAACCAAAGGGCUACCGGUUCAGUUCCCAGUCAGGGCACAUUCCUGGGUUGAGGGCUGGGUCCCCAGUAGGGAGUGUGCGAGAGGCAACCACACACUGAUGUUUCUCUUUCUCUCUUUCUCCCUCCCUUCCCUUCUCUAAAAAUAAAUAAAUAAAAUCCAACCUCCCCCCCGCCCCCCGAAACCCAGAGCAGAUGUUCAUUCUCAUCUAAUCCUCACUCAGCAGAAGCCAAGUUUUAGGGAAAGAGGGAAAGCUGUUUGUCUGGUUGCACGGACAGAGGCGGUUGUGUCUACGUCUUGUGAAUCGAUUACUGAAUGGGGUUUUCGGCUUCGAGUUCCCCUAGCAAUGGGAGAGAAACUCUCCUGAGCUCAUCAGUUGCACAUUCAUUAACUUUUAGUGGAGACCCGUCGCCCACUAACCCACUGACGGACGGGAGUGCCAGAGCUGUGUUUUGAAACAGUGAGUCAGGCUGGAAUCUUCCACGUUUGGACCUUUGCAUGCUGUGUACAGAGCCAGUGUGUGUUGGGGUCAGAAGGUUAGGAAGGGGAGGUGCUUAUGGAGGUGGCCCUGUGGCAAAUGAAAACUGGGAGGCCCUGGGGAUGUGCCGUGUCCCCACCGGGGACACACUGUGGGCGUGUGUGUCCCUGGCUGCCUCACCUGCUGGCAGCUUCUUCCCCAGAAGCAUCUCAGAGAAGAUGGACAGGUGCUCCCUCCCACGCACCACAUCCAAGCCCACCCGCCCUGGAUACAGUUGGCUUUAAGCGCUGGCCUUGGUGGGAACCCCUCCAGCCAACUUGUCUGCUGUCCAUGUCCCUUAGUAUCUGGUUUCCCUGCCCUGCAUAAUUUAAGCAUUAGAGCUAAAUACCUCUGUCCUUUCCCUUUCUCUGGAGACGUCGAGUCCAGACCUCUUCAGAGGAAUGGGAAGAAGAAACGUUAUGUAACCGCAAGUUGAGGCCUGAACUGUCCAGACAUGGGCUGGCCCUGGGGCUGUUCCUGCUGCACUUAGUGCGUCUGUCAUCGAUCCAGGGGUGAGCCCCGCUGCAGGCUCCGCACAGAGGAGAAGAAACCAGUGUAGUUUUCCAUUUCACGCAGAAAUCGAGGAGUGGGGACAUCUGCUUUGUGCCAGGCUUCAUUGACCUGCUUACUCCCCGCAACUCUAAGGGGUAUUUGAGGUCAUCCUGGGAAGCCACCUUAACUCACCAUUCAGCAGUGCCCCAGCCUUCAAAUUUCAGCCCCUCCGAGCACUUGUGACCUUUCCAGAAACAAAUGGUCACUUAUUAAGCAAAGUGAUGACAGGAUCAGACAGACACGUGGCAUUCCUAGAGGGAAGCCCCAGUCUCAUCGUAGGCAACUUUCCCUCCAAACUUCUUUCUACAGUUUCACCCCCAGAAGAAUGCUGUCUGUGGUCCCUCCCCCUGCCUCCUGUGGGAAGGUCAGUAACAGGCCAGGGGAGGUGCAGGGUGCAGGGUGAGGGUGCAGUUGGGGACUGGAGAGGCGGCAGGAAGGCGGUCACUCCACUCAGCCUCUUCCCCGCUGUCAUCGCAGACAGGACCGGACAGCUGACCGUGUGGUAGCCUGCGUGGUCCCACUGAGCAGAGGAUGGACACCUGUCCCAGUCACACAUGUGCUGGGAGUGGUCUAAGCUGCUAGGUGUCCGGUACAGAAUGUCGGCCAUAAUUUAAUGUACUAUGAACUUGUAAAGACUUCCCCAUGUAAAGAAUGUAUGUAUUUUAAAGUUUUAUGUAACAAAGUUUUUACUUUUUGCAAUUAAAAGUGUGUAUGUUGGUUGAUAACUUUCUUAUAGUUGUCA